AUGGCUAUGGCCAAUAUAGCCGGCUCCGCGGCCACCGUCAGAGUCUCCGGGCCCCCCAACAGCAGCUUUCUUGUUGGGUAUCCUGGCAUCUCGGCGACCUUGCCGCGCAUCGAAGGGAAAGUCGAGAUCCGACCUGGUGUCGGCUUUUCUAUGCCAGUUCCCGUUUCAUUAGUUCGAAUAUGCCUACAACGCCGCGAAACCAUCCACCCCGACGCCGACAACCUAGCCAAGCGUCACCUUGGCGCGCCGAGGAGAGAGGCCGCAGAUGUGGUGGGGAAAGAGGUGCUGCUCUUCCGAUGCGCCUCCGGCAAGGAGGCUGAGAGCGUCAUUGCGAUGGACCUGCCCUUCGUAUUAUUUAUUCCCUUUGGGCGGGGCGGCGAGGAGACCAACCGCCGAAUCCCACCCGCUUCACUUCAACUCCCAAAUCGAAUCGCCGAGACCUACUACGAGCUGGUGGUUACCGUCCAACAGGGCCACAGCAAUCAAUACAAAUACACCUUCCCGAUGCCCCUCCAACGAUACGAUACCCUCUCCACAUUUGGCAUGUACAAUAAACCCGAGACGAAGCUGAUAACGGCCGACAAUAUCGUCCAUCUUGGUAUUAAUCUUCCAAAAUGGAGUUACGGGCCAAAUGACCCCAUUACUGUAUACAUCAAAGUGUCCCCGAAUCCAGACUGGUUAAGUAAGGCAAAAAGGGUCACUAUCGAUUCAAUCACUCUAUUGAUUGAAGAGGAGAUAACCUACAACCCCGAGGGCGACGAGCCGACGAAGAAGGUCAACAAGAUUUCGAAACAAGUCCAAAAGGUCAAGACCAAGCUCCCAGAAGCUGGGUAUGCGACAAACAUGGGGCUUUGCUUCCCCUCCAAAGAUCUCCGAGACCCGGACGGCAUCGUCAAGCGAGGCAGGCCGGCUUUCCCCAUGUAUGAAGUGACUUCUUUCACUACCACAUCAACGUUGUACAAAAUCGAAUUUUACAUAAAUAUUAAGGUGGGAGAGGCUUGUAUCCCUGAUCGGUUCCAGGAAGUUUUUGUUGACAUCAGACAGGUCCAACUCAGUGGUGCCCGCGACGUAAGCUUGCGACAGCCUAUUGUAAUAUGUCCACUCGACAAGCAGGGCUGCAAGGAAGAGAUGGACGCAAUCGAACAAUCCGCCAAGGAUGCGUCUCACGUUGACCCCAACAACCCAAUGCUUCCCGCACACUCCAUCAUUCUAGCUAGCGAUCGUGACUCAUUACGAGCGCUGGGGUUGUGCAUGGUUGGAGGUCAGAAAAAGCCGCUUAUUGAGUGA